UUUUGCCAAUACUCCAGUUUUUAGCGGAUUGUGUCCGAUAAAACAUAUUACCAUGGCUGCAAAAUACCCAGAAAUUCGUGACCCUACAGCCACUGACCUGUCAAUCCUUUGCCUGAAUCAUCCUCCCCUCCUAGAUUUCAUCGAUAAAAUAACAACGCUCGAAUCUUGCCUUGGUCAUGGUGCAUUGGUGUCGUUCUUAAGGGAAAAAUUGACACAAAUUUCUACGCUGUAAAAUUUCUCCCUAACCAAACGGACGAAAAGGCACGUCGCGAGUUCGACAUUCCACUCACCCUUAAAAAACACAACAAUAUUUGUCGAAUUUAUAAAUUCGUCGAGAAUAAAGUCUUGUCGCCUUCUCAAGUGGAAAAUAUUAUCCAAUUAUCGGACCCCACUAUUGAAGCUACAUAGAUACAAAACUGAACAACGCAAAGGGGUCCCCGUGAAAUGGACGUGCAUUCAAAUGGAACUUUGCGGAUGGAGUUUGCGACAUUGGCUGCACAAAUUCAACCCAUCCAAAGACUUGAUUUAUACCCAAAUGAAGCAAGCCGCCAUUGUGGAAGACCUGAUUGAGGGGAUGCUAUUCUUGCAUAAGAAUUACGUCAUACAUCGUGACCUUAAACCAGAAAACAUUAUGUUCUCCUGGUUCGAGUACGAACUGCCAGUUAAAAUUGGAGAUUCUGGCCUCGCAAGAUGGAUCCUCCCAGAAGAUCGCAGCACGUUCACGAGCAAUGUCGGAACGAGAUCUUAUAUGGCACCGGAAAUACGCUAUGGAAAGUACUCGUACCAGGCAGACAUUUAUUCUUUGGGGUUAAUUAUCUGGGAAACAACGGCAUUAAUCCCGCCUAAUGAAAGUCUCAGUUUAUUCAACAAAUUAGUGUAUGAUAAAGACGAGAAAUUAGUACAAGAACAUCCCCUCCUUGGUAUAAGGCUAAAACAAUUUAUCAUAUCCUGCACUAAGAGGAGCCCGAUCGACAGAUUAAAAAGUAUAACUAAGGCCUCCAAACUACUGAAUAUCAAGAAAAUUAAAAUUCCCCGACAAGAAAUCCUUGCGAGAACAAGUGAAGAGUUACAACUAUGUCUCAAAUUUGUUUCAAGUGGAUGCACCAUCCGAUUGGUAGAGACAACCUAUUUCGGUGGAAUUGUCCUGCACAUGGACAAAGUGAGUAUUAUUGGUCAAGGAUCAAACACCGUUAUUGAUUUACGUCCCACAAGAAACAUCCACCUAGCUGCAAGUCAUUGUACCCUUUCAAAGUUGAAAGUCGCUUGUCAUGCAAAAGGGGAGACUCCAAAUAUAUUGGUAACAAGGUCACAUAAUAAAAUAAAUGACAUCAUAGUUACACUAGCCGUGUAUCAGAGUGACUAUCGCGCAGAUGAAGAACCCAACUCGUGUGGAAUUAUUGUGCAGGGCGAUAACCAUAUGUUGCAACGCGUAACGAUUGAAAACACGACGUCGGAGUACUUUCUAAUUUAUACUUAUUGCCGACCAAACUUGGACAUUUCUGAUUUGUAUGUCACGAAAGGACAAGUUCAAAUAGUCAUUUCCGGCGACUAUGGUUCCCUUAAGCGUAUUGGCCAGUCGAUCCUGCUAGAUAAUCCCCUUCAAAAUAAUUCGUUAAUUCCAGACUCGCGAAACGAACUAUUUUGUCAAGGAGAUUUUCCCACAGAAUUGGGAAUAUCUGUUGGAGGAUUAAAUUGUAAUCUGGACGAAAUAAAAUGUAAAGGUGUCCUAGUUUCUGCAAACAAUGGGACCCUUCACAAUGUGCAAUGCUCAGAUAAGAUUGCAAUUGCAGACGGACUUGAAGUAAUUGCAUUGAAGAAAUGUGAAGCAAAAUUGCUCGAAACAAAUUCACCAGUCUUCAUAACAGAUUGUAAGCUCGGCGCCGUAUCGAACUCUAACGUAGAAUGGAAUCAAUUUAGAAAAUUGUACCCACGGCGUUUUGGGGAUUUUUACGUUUAUCUUCACGAUAUAUACGAGAAUGUGAUGAACAGAUAAGUACGUAUGGGUUAUUAAGGUUGCCUUGGCUGGGGUCUUUUCAAUCACAAUAUUAUUAAAAUCAUGUCAUGAAGGAAAUGUUAAGUUAGCAAAUUAUCUAUGCAACAUGAACCUUAUUACGCAGAAAUCUUUUCAUUAGUUUAGCAGAAGAUAAAUGAAAAAUUUACUCAAAAUUUACUCAAAAAUUUAUGAUUACCUAAAAAUACUAAAUUAUAUUAUUCAAAGAAUAAUUAAUUAGAACUCAUUUAUAUGUAUAUGUAAAUUAGAUAAUAAUUGUGCUCUAUGGGUAUUCCUUAGAAAAAUAAUCUAUCAAGAAUAAUUUUACGCAUACAUAGGUUAGAUAAUUCCAGACUAGUAAUUUGUAUAGUUAUAACUAUCUAUGUAAGUUACACUAACUGCACACAAUCACAUUUACUCACGGCUAAGUUUUCUCUUUCCUGUUCUGCAAAACUAUGUUUGAGAGGGGGGAGGGGCCUGAAGCCAAAACCUACCCAUUUCAAUUUUUGCUAGGUUGUGGGAUCCAGACACUUGAUAAUUUUUUGUGACAGGCUUUUUUCCCUAAAUUUGUUAAAUGUAUGCACUC